AAAAAAAAAGAGAACAAAGAUGAGACGACAAAUAAAAUUGUUGUUCUUCCCAAACGUUAACCCGUCUAUAAGCCCUUCUAUGAGGGUUGGACGGAAAGUUCAGGAGUAGCGAUUCUCCUGAUUCAUCAUGAGCUUAACGAAACAAAGGAAACUCCUUAUACCCCAGUGUUUCUUCCUUCUCCGUCACCUGUCCGCGGAACCCACUCCCCACGUACCAUCAGAAGCACCACCACCUCUACAGGACUCCAAAUCAUCAUUAAUAGCCGAAGCCAUAAGCCUCUUUCUCCAAACCCCACAUAAUGAAUGGAAAUCCUGUUCUCAACUCAAUAGCCUCCUCUUUUCUUCUUCUCCCACUCCUAGUCUUUUCUUCCAAAUCAGUCGUGGCUUUCCUUCUUCUUCACAAGCUCUUACUUUCUUCAAUUAUAUCAAAUCCAACUCAAUUUCACAACACAACACCCAAUUACUGUCUUACACCUUUCAGGCCAUUUUUGAGCUCGCCAGUCGUGAACCAGAUUCACAUAACAAGCUCUGUGAACUUUAUAAAGAAUGCAAAGACCAAAACGUCCCUCUUUCAAUCAAUGCUGCCACACUUCUGAUUCGCCGUUUUGGAAGGGCUAAUAUGGUUGAUCAGUCGCUUCUGGUGUACAAAGAACUUGAGCCCAAUGUUAGAAACACGCAUAUACGUAAUGUGUUGAUUGAUGUAGUAUUAAGAGACGGGCGGUUUGAUGACGCCCUCAAUGUGCUCGAACAAAUGCUUCAGCGGGAUUCUGAGUUUCCUCCUGAUGAUGUUACUGGGAAUAUUGUUUUCUACGCUUUAACAAGAAAGGACCGCAUCAGGAGGAAUGUGAGUGAUGAGGAAAUAGUUAGUUUGGUGAAUAAAUUUGGUGAACAUGGAGUUUUUCCCAACAUGUUUUGGUUGACACAGAUGAUUUCCAGACUUUGUAGAAAUGUUAAAACAUGUUUAGCUUGGAAUGUUUUUCAUGAUUUGAUGAAACUGGGUGCUCCUAUAGAAGUGGCUCCUUGCAAUGCGCUUUUGACUGGUUUAGGAAAGGUUAGAGAUUUUGAGAAAAUGAAUCAGUUAUUGUUGGAGAUGAAGGAAACUGAUAUGCAGCCUGAUGUUGUGACCUUUGGAAUUCUAAUUAACUGGUUUUGUAAAUCAUGGAGAAUUGAUGAAGCCUUGGAGGUGUUUGAGAAAAUGAGUGGAAGCAAAGACGUUGAACCUGAUCUGAUCAUUUAUAAUACUUUGAUUGAUGGUUUUUGUAAAGCAGGGAAGGUAGAAGAAGGAUUGCGUCUGAUGGAAAGGAUGCGAUCAUCAGAGGGCUGUAAGCCCAAUGUUGUCACCUACAAUUGCUUGAUUCAUGGGUUUUGUAAAGCAGGCAAUAUUGAGAGUGGGCAAGAGAUUUUUGAUCAGAUGAAGGAGGAAGGAGUUAUGCCAAACGUGAUCACUCUUAAUAGUUUGAUUGAUGGCAUGUGUAGACAUGGAAGAAUCAGUAGUGCAGUUCAGUUUUUCAAGGAGAUGAUGAGGAAAGGCUUGCAUGGAAACGCUGUUACUUACAAGACCUUGAUCAAUGCUUUUUGUAAUGUUAACAAUAUUCAAGAGGCAAUGGAAUGGUUCCAUGAGAUGUGUCAAGCUGGAUGCUUUGUUGAAGCAACUGUUUACUAUGACCUGAUCUCUGGUUUGUGCCAAGCUGGAAGCGUGGAUGAUGCCAGUAUUGUAUUAUCUAAGUUAAAAGAAGCUGGUGUUUGCCCUGACAGUGUGUGCUACAAUGUUCUGAUUGGUGCGUUUUGCAAGAAGAAAAUGUUAGAUGAAGCUUACGAGAUGUUCAAAGAAAUGGAAGCUGCUGAGAUUAGGCCAGAUUGCAUCGCGUAUAACACUUUGAUUUCCUGUUUUUGUAAAGCUGGAAACUUUUUAACUGCUUGUAGAGUGAUGGAAAAGAUGCUUAAGGAUGAUCUUGUGCCUACCGUUGAUACAUACAGAGCUCUAAUACUUUCAUAUUGCUUACAGGGAAGGGAGGAUGAAGCAAUGAAGAUAUUUAGAGACAUGACUGAAUUGAAGGUUGCACCGAACACUGUGAUAUACAAUGUUCUGAUUGACUCACUGUGUAAGAAUAAUCAAGUAGAACUUGCUCUUUGUCUAAUGGAUGAUAUGGAAGUUAAGGGGGUGAAGCCAAAUACUGCAACGUUUAAUGCCAUGUUUAAAGGCCUUCGGAAGAAGAAUAUGUUGGACAAAGCAUUAAAAUUGAUGGAUAAAAUGAUUGAACAUGGUUGUAAUCCUGAUUAUAUAUCCACGGAGAUUCUUACUAAAUGGCUCUCUAAAUUCAAUGAAAAUGAAAAAUUAAAAAAUUUUGUGCCAGGAUACAAGGUUCUGUUAGGCCAACAUAUCACAGAAGACUGCAGAAGUUUGAAGCAAUGAAGGUCGUCAAGAGUAGGACAAAAGAUAAGAAGAAGCAGAUGAGGCAGACAGUAGGAGAUAUGGCAGGAGGAAGGCAUUUAGGGCACCAGAGGAGAACAAAAGAUAAGAAGCAGAUGAGGCAGGAGAAAAACAGACAAGGCAAGAAGAGAAGGACUAACGUUUUUGUCACGCAAGGGCAAGAAUUGAGAGGGAAAAUGGUUCAAAGGAAGAUUAGAGGUGUAAACGAGGCAACCUUGGAAGAUUAGGGGACUUUUCAAGCAGUGUUCUCAUCAUUCAACUAUGUGGACAAAGUUGUUGUCUAAGGGGAAGGAAUUGUAAGGCCCCGAUUGUAGCAAUAAUCACAAAAAACAUCGGAAGGAUAAAACAAUGAUGGUCUGUAAGAGGACAAAAGAUAAGAAAUAGCAGUUGCGACGCAUAAAGG